GGCAGCAGCAGCAGCAGGCAGAGCCCGCCUCUAUGAUGAAGUUCAAGCCCAACCAGACGCGGACCUACGACCGCGAGGGUUUCAAGAAGCGGGCGGCGUGCCUGUGCUUCCGGAGCGAGCAGGAGGACGAGGUACUGCUGGUGAGUAGCAGUCGGUACCCAGACCAGUGGAUUGUCCCGGGAGGAGGGAUGGAGCCUGAAGAGGAGCCUGGUGGUGCCGCCGUGAGAGAAGUUUAUGAAGAGGCUGGAGUCAAAGGAAAGUUGGGCAGACUCCUGGGCAUAUUUGAGCAGAACCAAGACCGAAAGCACAGAACAUAUGUUUAUGUUCUUACUGUCACUGAAAUAUUAGAAGAUUGGGAAGAUUCUGUUAAUAUAGGAAGGAAGAGAGAAUGGUUCAAAGUUGAAGAUGCCAUCAAAGUUCUCCAGUGUCAUAAGCCUGUCCACGCAGAGUAUCUGGAAAAACUAAAGCUGGGUUGUUCUCCAACCAAUGGAAAUGCCAGUGUCCCUUCCCUUCCAGAGAGCAAUGCCUUGUUUGUCACUGCUGCACAGACCUCUGGGUUGCCAUCUAGUAUCAGAUAAGGCAGAUGGGGGCCCUCUCCCGCCCUGUGCCCACCUCACGGGGAGAGGCUUUUCCUUGGCAAACAUCUGAAUGACGCUUGCAAACUGUCUGAAUUUGCCGUGCAGGGUUUUCAAACAAUUUGCAUGAUUUUCAGAUGCUUUAAAAAAAAAUUUUUUUUUAAAUAGUGUAAAAUAUUUUAAAUAAGCCAAAGCCAUGUGGAAUUUUUUUUAGAUAUCUUAACUCUGCUCCCCGUCUCACCCCCACCCCCAGGUUCUUUUGGCUGUGUUUUGUUUUCACAGCAUUUUUCUUCCAGUGUUUUGUCCAGUUGACAUCACUGAUUUUUUUGUCAGACCAACUUCUGGGUUUCUUUUCCCCCUGAAUUGUUUUCUCAUUCACAGCAUUAAUAUAUUUGAGAAAUCCUGAUGUGGGAAUUUAUGAAAAUUCUGGUAUUAAAGAAACCCACCAAUCAGAAAACUUGUUUAAAGGAUCAUAAUUUGAGUUCAUAAAUUUCCACGUUUGAACUAUUUCUGUCUGGUCUAAAAACUGUUUUGAGACGACUUAAUUUGCUACUUUGGGGGGAAUCUUACCAACUCCUGUUUUGUUUUUACAACUGGUAUCCUGUCUAGCUACCGUUCCCUCCAGAAUCCAGUAAUCCUGUAACAGUGCAAGAAUCCUGUAACUCUGUAAGAGCUGGUAAUUUUUAUGGGGGUAAUUGCAAACAAAAUGCAUGUGGUGAGUACAUCUUAUCAGGAAAGCUAUAUUCACGGAACCUGAGUUAGCACGCCCAGUUGCCGGUGCCCUUUAUCCACGAUCUUCCUAGAAACAAGGCCUGAAAACAGUAUUUCCCGCCCUGCAAAGCACUUUUUGAAACAAUUUGUUUCUACAUUGACCUUUUUAGUCAAACUUGUUAUCACUGAGAGGAUUGUUAUCACCAGCCCUGGUGACUGUAUCGGAGAGAAAACGGCCUUGCUCCUCAGCAGCUGAGAGUCUGUAUCUGGGCACCUUCAAAUGUUUUUUUUGGGUUUUUUUUUUUGUUUUUUUUUUUGGUACUAUCAUAUAACUUUUAGGGCACUGGAACAUAGCUGAACUAAGAGUUGCUUUCUUACAUUUCUCUUUAUACUCACUUCAAAGCAGGGCUCCCUUGUAUUGAACACAUAGGACCUUGUCUGAAAUUUCCGUACUCACGAACCAGGUCUGAAAAGAGGUGGGAGAACAGGACGGUGUAGCAGAGGGACUGAGAUGAUUCUAUAUGUGGACUUGAGUCUUUUGUAAAUAUUACAUUAGUAUGAGUAAGUACUGCUAUACAUUUGUUCUAUAAAUUGCUAACCUUUAAAAAUAUAAUUGCUGCUAGAAAUAGAAUGCUGUUACACUUAAUGAAAAUUGGUGCCAGUUUUGAAAAUGAGAUCCUGUGCCAUAAAUGCAGCUGAACUAAAUAUAUUAGUUCAAAAUUAAUGCUGUCAAAGGAAUGAGUUAAGUAGAAAAACUUUUAGCCAGUGAUAAUUUCCUUCUAAAUUAUGUAGUUGAUCAAAUAUGAUCGUCCAGAAUUUUUACAUUUUUCUUGUACAGAGGUAUUCUGGGUGGUUUGCUUUUUCUUUUUUUUUUUUAAGGAAACAUUUUAUCCCACAAAUUGAUACUUUUUAUCAAUGUUCAGCAUAUAUAAGAUUUUCUCAGUAAUCUCUGAAUUUCUUUAAAUUAUAUAUUUAACACAGAGAAACUGGAUUGUUUUGUAUAUAAGACUGCAUCCACCUGAAAUGCUGUCACAAAUACUUGGGGUGAUGGGUUAUCUUGUACAUGAUAUUUAGAGGUAAUAAUGCAUGAACUUAUUUUAUAAACUCUUGGACUAUGUAUUUUACGUGUAAAAUAUGUACAGUAUUGUCUGCCAUCUCUUUAAAAAGUGAGCCUAUAAAUAUUGUUGUAUAAUUUUAUUUGGUCAGAAACAUUUGAACUACAUAGUGCCACUUGGGUCAGGAUUUUCUUCAGUGCCAUGUAGCAUACCACCUGUAUAGUCCGUGCAACUAGCAAGAAAUGUAUAUUGCAACAAUAUUUCAAAAUCAUCACUCAAAAUGAAAGGUUCUUCACUGUUCUUGAGCCCACUUUAGCCCAGUCAGGGAAGAUGGCCCGUCAGAUUUGUUUAAAGAGCCUAUUCAGGCUCAGCAGUUCAGUCUGUUGCCAACAAAUCCUGUUGACUUUCCACCUUCCAAAAGAGGGCACAGUCACUCGUACAUUUUUUGGUGGGGCAGCUGAAUAAAAUUGGACACUAGCGCUUUAUGGUUCCCACGUGCCUCCAAUAUGGAAAGCAAAACUACUAGUAAGUAUACUUUCAGGCACAAAGUAACAAGCAGCUGUGUUUGUGAUUGGAAUUAUUUUUUUCCAGAUUGGCAUUUUCCUCCCAGGCACAUACCAAUCAAUUUUCUGCCAAUCACAGUUGCAUAAAGCAGCAAAACCAAAGGGGGGAAGUAAUGUUGUACACACUUCAAAUUGCUUUGCAUGGUCUUAUUUGAAAUGGUGUUAAGAAUCUUGACUUUUAUAAAUAUAUAUACAUAUAUAUAUAUUUGGAAACAUCAAAUAAACAAAAAAAAGUGGAAA